UGUGGCGCGAGACAGGGCGAUUGUUGUGUUGUGUUCAUGGUAACUUUGGGGGUUGGUUCCUCCCCGUUUCGCUAGCACGCUAACCUCACUGAAUAGCGUAAUAACUUCACGUCUGUUUGAGGAGCAGCUGAGAAUUUAUUGGCAUCUAACUUAUCCGAUAACAACUAAUCAUAAACGGGCCUUGAAAGCGGAGAGCAUGCCUCGAAGAAAGAGAAAUGCAGGAAGUAGCUCGGAUGCUACUGGUGAUUCAGACGACUCGGUGGAACACGAGAAAACCGACAGCUCUCAAAGUGACGGAAAUACACGAACCAACACACGACUCACUCGGGCGUCUUUGCGUCUCAGCCAAAGCUCGCAAGACGUGCCUGCUGACAUAAAACAUGUAGUGGACCGAGAUGAAUCUCCACCGAGGACGCCUACAGGCAAUGCCCAGUCCUCGGAGUCGGACAUCGACGUGUCCAGCCCCAGUGCUUCGCAUGACGAAAGCCACGCCAAGGACCCCUCUCAGAAGGACUCUGACAGUGACCCUUCCCACCGCCCAAAGCGCCGUCGCUUUCACGAGAGCUACAACUUCAACAUGAAAUGCCCAACCCCAGGAUGCAAUUCACUGGGCCACCUCACUGGAAAGCACGAGAGACACUUCUCCAUAUCCGGGUGUCCGCUCUACCACAACCUGUCUGCAGAUGAAUGCAAGGUGAAAGCCAUCGACCGGGACAAGCAAGAGGAAGAUCGCAGCCAGUCUCAGACGGAGGAGAGCAGACACGCCACCCGCCACCAGGCGGCCACGCCGCGGCAGGUGCGCUACAAGGAGAAGGUGGUGGAGAUGAGGAGGAAGAGGGACUCGCCGCUCGCCAAGGAGCAGAAGGAGAAGAACAUGGACCACCGCCAGACCCACGGCACGACCCGAGAGCCCCUCCUGGAGAACAUCACCAGCGAGUACGACCUGGAGCUCUUCAGGAAAGCCCAGGCCCGCGCCUCAGAGGACCUGAACCCGCUUGUCGCUCUUCGAUCGCAGGAGAAGCUGAGGCUACAGGGUCAGAUCACAGAGGGCAGCAACAUGAUCAAGACCAUCGUGUUCGGCCGCUAUGAGCUGGACACCUGGUACCAUUCGCCAUACCCGGAGGAGUACGCGCGUCUCGGCCGUCUCUACGUCUGCGAGUUCUGUCUCAAGUACAUGAAGAGCCAGACUAUCCUGCGCCGACACAUGGCAAAAUGUGUUUGGAAGCAUCCACCUGGAGACGAAGUCUAUCGCAAAGGGGCCAUCUCGGUAUUUGAAGUGGAUGGGAAGAAAAAUAAGAUCUACUGCCAGAACCUGUGUCUGCUGGCUAAGCUCUUCCUCGACCAUAAGACACUCUACUACGACGUGGAGCCCUUCCUGUUCUAUGUGAUGACCGACGCUGACAACACAGGCUGCCACCUGGUGGGAUACUUCUCCAAGGAAAAGAACUCCUUCCUCAACUACAACGUCUCCUGCAUCCUGACCAUGCCCCAGUAUAUGCGGCAGGGCUAUGGGAAGAUGCUGAUCGACUUCAGCUACCUGCUAUCCAAAGUGGAGGAGAAAGUGGGGUCACCGGAGCGCCCCCUGUCUGACCUGGGCCUCAUCAGUUACCGCAGCUACUGGAAGGAAGUGCUCCUGCGCUACAUGCACGACUUCCAGGGCAAGGAGAUCUCCAUCAAGGAAAUUAGCCAGGAGACAGCAGUGAAUCCCGUGGACAUCGUGAGCACGCUGCAGUCUCUGCAGAUGCUCAAGUACUGGAAGGGCAAGCACCUGGUGCUGAAGAGACAGGAUUUGAUUGACGAAUGGAAGGCCAAAGAGACGAAGAGAGGCAACAAAACCAUCGACCCCAGUUCUUUAAAAUGGACGCCACCCAAAGGAACAUAGAGGGGUGAAAGAGUCCUCAUCUGCCUGUACCAGCAAAAACCACAGCCACACCUGAAGUGUCAUGACCUAAAAUUAGAGAUCUAUGAAAUGAAAUCCUAGUUGCCGGUCUCUUUUUAUAUCAGUGAAAUAGUCUAAUAUGUAUUGAACUACAUUUCCCCACACACACACACUUUUGAUAUCAUUGUAUUUAUUUUUAUUUUUAUUUUUAUAAACACCAUCUCAUCCAAAUCAACAUUAAGCGAUAUGUUGGCCCAUGAAUUGAUUGUUUAAGCAGCAACGUUGCUUGUAGAAUGUGCAAAUUUCUUGGUGUUUUCUUAUUUUUUGUUUUCUUUUUGACUGUUUAUUUUUUUUUUUCUCAGAUACUAGAUAUGGCAGAGAGCCCAGUAGGGCCUUGCCAAGAGACACAAAAAAUGAAAUGAUCCAUUUGAUGGUUCUUGUUUUACAUGUUUCUAUCUUCAAAAUAUAACUUUUGAUCUGAA